UUAAAUAGAGCUCCGACAUCCGAGGGAUGGAUGGGUUUGAAAUUUGGCGAUGAUGAUACUUGCAACACUCGAUAACCAUCGCUUUGCUUACUUUCCGUGCUAAUCUUUUUCUUCUACACAACCGCACUUUAAGUAUUCAAUAUCUAUCUAUCUAUUUAUUAUAUAUAUAUAUAUAUAUAUAUAUAUUUAAUUUCAUUCACGAUUCAAAUUUCAUGUCAAUCUGACUGCUGUAUUCUCCCCUAAUCGACCAAUACCAUCAAUCAAUUUGUCGAAAUCAAUCCUGCUACAGUUUGUCUUUCACAAGGAGUUAAUGGCUGCAAAAUUAGUUGCAAAGCGACAUUCAACGUCCUUUGACUUUGAGAUUGUUGAUAAGGAUUAUGAUCAGUUUACAAAUACUGAUGCAUCUGCUGAUUACGUUACUCCAUGGAUAAAUCCGGCGUCUAUUAAACUUAGGCAUAGGAUUGGAAGGGGACCAUUUGGUGAUGUAUGGUUGGCUACCCGUCAUCAAGUUGCUGAAGAUUAUGAAGAGUACCAUGAAGUGGCUGUUAAGAUGUUACAUCAUAUCAAGGAAGAUAACAUUAAGGCUGUAUUAGAUAAACUGAAUGUUUUGUUUUCCAAGUCUCGUCGACUACAAGGUGCUUGCAGGUUGCAUGGUGUCUCCGUCAUUAAUGGGAAGAUAUGUAUUAUUAUGAAGUUUUAUGAGGGGUCAGUUGGUGACCGGAUGGCUCGUCUAAAAGAGGGCAAGUUUGCUCUGGGUGAUGCGUUGAGGUAUGGGAUUGAUUUGGCUCAGGGAAUUAUGGAAAUGCAUUCAAAAGAUAUGUUGAUUCUUAAUCUAAAACCUUUUAAUAUCCUCAUAAAUGGAGACAACAAAGCAAUAUUAGGUGAUCUGGGUAUCCCUUUUAUUCUGCUAGGGGUACCAUUGCCUAGUUCAGACAUGACUAGAAGACUUGGUACGUCAAACUACAUGGCCCCUGAACAAUGGCAGCCAGAUGUUAGAGGCCCCUUAGCAUUGGAGACUGAUUCAUGGGGUUUUGGUUGUAGCAUUGUGGAAAUGUUGACUGGUCAACAGCCUUGGUGUGGCAAGUCUGUUGAUGAGAUUUAUGACUCAGUUGUGAGAAAGCAAGAAAAACCACAUAUCCCUGAUGGCCUUCCUCCUGCUGUUGAAAAUGUAAUUACUGGUUGUUUCCAAUAUGACUUCAGGAGUCGUCCUUCAAUGGUAGAUAUCUUACGUGUAUUUGAAAGCUCAAAAACUGCAGUUUACCAUGACGGAAAUUGGACAAACAUUGGUAGUAGGACCAUUGUGGACAAAUCAAACUGGAACGGCUACACAGAAUGGUUUUUGUCAAAAGACCAUCUUCAAGUGGGUGAUAUGGUGCGAUCAAGGAAGCCAUUAAACUCUUGCAAACCUGAAAACAUGGUUGUCCCAGAGGGGUCUAUUGUGGGCUUAGACACCGACAGUGAUCAAAUUGGCUAUGUUUUGGUACGGGUACAUGGCAUACAUGAUCCGGUUAGAGUCCAUGCAUCAACAUUGGAGCGAGUCACCUUUGGGUUGGCAGCAGGGGAUUGGGUUCGUUUGAAGAAUGAAAACAAGAAACACUCUCCAGUUGGUAUCCUUCAUUCCAUCAGCCGUGAUGGAAGUGUUGCUAUUGGUUUCAUUGGGAUCGAAACUCUUUGGAAAGGUGUUUAUUCCGAUCUCCAAAUGGCGGAAACCUAUUGCCUCGGGCAGUUUGUGAGGUUAAAGUCUAAUGUCUUUAGCCCAAGAUUUCAAUGGCUUCGAAAACAAGGUUGCGAGUGGGCCACUGGUCGGGUAUCUCAGGUGUUACCAAAUGGCUGUCUUGUUGUCAAGUUCCCGGGUAAACUAACAUUUGGUGAUGAAAACAGUUGCUUCUUGGCUGAUCCAGCCGAAGUUGAAUUGGUCUCAUUUAGUACAAGUCCUAACUUAAUGAAAAAGUAUCAACAUCUUGAGGAUUUUCACUGGGCUGUGAGACCGUUAUUGGUUUCUUUAGGAUUGCUCACUGCGAUCAAAUUUGGGGUUUGUGUGCGGAAGAAAAUCGGACGCUCCACUACGAAGAUUUCUGAAGCUCCAGAAGCUCCGCAAAAUGCCAAAUGGCUUCCUCCUAACAUGGCAAAUAUUAUUUUUAGAGAAGGUGUUACUACUACCACUACUAAUACUACUACUUCCAGGUAAAUCUUGAACUUCGAAGUUGAUCCUAAAAUGACUGCUGGUAUGGAUUAAAGUAGUUGUGUUGAAACGAAAACUGGUAUCUGGGUUUGCUUGGUUAUGGUAGAUUUUAAUUAGGUGUUGCAGUCUUGAAUUCUUUUGUAAAUGUCUGACUGCUUGGUUGUAGUUCUUCAAUGGUGAAUAUAUGAAGUUGUGAUGAAAUUUUUAAUCAUAUUUUAGUUUUCA